AUGCCACCCCAGCUGCAGGCACAGGUGGGCAUCACCGCAAAGGUUGUGCAAGGGGACCUGGAGUGUCUCGCCCCAGAUGUGAAGGACUUCAUUAAAAGUAGUGCUAAGCUGUGUCAGCCUGACAGCAUCCACAUUUGUGAUGGUUCGGAAGACGAGAACAAGAAACUGUUGAAUCUGAUGGUAGAACAGAGCAUGCUUAAGAAGCUGGGGAAGUAUGAGAACUGCUGGCUGGCUUGCACAGACCCAAGGGAUGUGGCAAGAAUCGAAAGCAAAACUGUGAUUGUCUCUCCGGAGCAGCGAGACACCAUCCCAAUCCCCCGAAGUGGAGUAAGCCAGCUGGGACGCUGGAUGUCAGAAGAAGACUUUGAGAAAGCCUUCAGCAUCAGAUUCCCCGGCUGCAUGGAAGGGUGCACCAUGUAUGUCAUCCCAUUCAGCAUGGGGCCAAUUGGUUCUCCGUUAUCCAAGUUUGGGAUACAGCUGACAGAUUCUCCUUAUGUGGUGGUCAGCAUGAGAAUUAUGACUCGCAUGGGAACGUCUGUCCUAGAAGCUCUUGGCAAUGGGGAAUUUGUGAAAUGUCUCCAUUCUGUCGGGUGCCCUUUGCCAUUAAAAAAGCCUCUGGUAAAUAACUGGCCGUGUAACCCAGAUCUGACUCUGAUUGCUCAUAUUCCUGAUCACAGAGAGAUAAUUUCAUUCGGAAGCGGUUACGGAGGGAACUCCCUCCUGGGGAAAAAGUGCUUUGCUCUCAGGAUUGCCAGCAGGAUUGCCAAAGAAGAGGGCUGGCUUGCCGAGCACAUGCUGAUCUUGGGAAUCACCAAUCCAGAAGGCAAAAAGAAGUACUUUGCUGCAGCUUUCCCUAGUGCAUGUGGAAAAACCAAUUUGGCCAUGAUGAAGCCAACUCUCCCAGGCUGGAAAAUUGAGUGUGUUGGAGAUGAUAUCGCUUGGAUGAAAUUUGAUGAUCAAGGGUACUUAAGAGCGAUCAAUCCGGAGAAUGGCUUUUUUGGGGUUGCUCCCGGAACAUCGCUGAAAACAAACCCCAAUGCUAUGAGGACCAUACAGAAGAAUACCAUCUUCACCAAUGUAGGACAAACCAGUGAUGGAGGCAUAUAUUGGGAAGGUAUUGAUAAGCAACUUGAACCUGGAGUGACGCUCAUGUCAUGGAAAAACAAGGAAUGGACUAGCAAGACAGGAGAACCUUGUGCUCACCCCAAUUCCCGGUUCUGUACUCCUGCCACUCAAUGCCCCAUCCUUGAUCCUGCGUGGGACUCUCCGGAAGGAGUUCCAAUUGAGGGGAUAAUAUUUGGAGGACGGAGACCUGAAGGUGUGCCGCUAGUCUAUGAGGCCCUUAACUGGCAGCAUGGUGUAUUCAUAGGCGCAGCCAUGAGAUCAGAAGCAACAGCGGCUGCUGAGCAUAAAGGCAAGAUAAUCAUGCACGACCCCUUUGCCAUGAGACCGUUCUUCGGCUACAACUUCGGCCACUAUCUCUCCCACUGGCUCAGCAUGGCCCAUCGACCUGCGGCGAAGCUGCCAAAGAUCUUCCAUGUCAACUGGUUCCGGAAAGAUGCGCAGGGAAGAUUCCUCUGGCCCGGCUUUGGCGAGAACUGCCGCGUGCUGGAAUGGAUGUUCAACCGCAUCGAGGGAGAGGACUCCGCACGACUAACAGCCAUUGGCUACGUCCCCAGUCACCUGGGCUUGAACCUGAAAGGCCUGGAAGGGGUCGAUAUAGAGGAACUGUGUGACGUUCCCAAAGAUUUCUGGGAAAAGGAGGUGAAAGAGAUCAAGAAGUAUUUCGAAGAGCAAGUGAACGCCGACCUCCCCUAUGAGAUGGAAAGGGAGCUUCUUGCGCUGGAGCAGAGAAUAAAGCAGCUUUGACUGGCAUUUUAGUGACACUGCAUGUGAUGGGGAGAGGGGAAGCGUGAAUGAAACACACUCUUUAAUGACACCAUGUGGGGAAACACAAAAAUGCAAGGGCAGGCAGAGAGUUUUGCCCAGAGCUGUUCCUUCUAAAGGCUGAUCUGAAGAAGCAGGUCUCAGGCUUAUCGGAUAUCACUUGAUAGGUUACAGAAGUUCAAUAAAUAGUUCUCCAUAUCCACUCCAUUCACUCAAAUGGCAAGGAAGCUAUUGCAGGGUAGCUGCAAUUCUCAUGUAAUAUUGCUACUGAUUCCUGGUACAUUUUCCCCCUCCCUCCCUUCCUUCCCUGUCUGAUGGAAUUCUCUCGAGGAAAAUGGGAAUUGCACGGCUAGUGACAUGAGGAGAGGCAUAAUGAACUAAUACCUGCCAUGUUUCUUUAUAAUUUACCAUCUUUGUAGGCAGCGUUUCCAUAAAAUUAGCAUCGUCAACAUACUAUUGGGAGGUUGGGGCAUGUCAUAUGCUUGCCCCUCUUAACAUGCCCCCAAAGAGUUUCAGGUGAUCCCACUCUCCGUAAUUCAGAACAUCUGGAUAUUUUUGCAAAUGAUUCGAGUACUACAAAUCUAGGCUUUGUAGGCUUUUGUUUUCUCACAGCAACAGCUGAGCAAAGCUGGAAAUGGCUUUUUAGAAUCAAAAAAUUUGAAAGACUGACUCCAUCUUGCCAUCUGUGCCAUUGAUGCAGAAGUCAGUGGUAUUUUGUAGGGUUCUUGUAU